AUGUACAACUUCAGUUACAGGAACUACGAUCUCUAUUCAAAUCAUCUUGCAGGAGAGAUUCCCCAAGGAAUUGGUGCAUUGACAUUGAUGUUCCGUUUUUUGCUAAGUGGCCCGAUUCUUGACAUUAAGGCAUUUCAUGAGGCUUCAGUUGAUGCCUCAAGAAACAAUAAGGGCCUAUGUGGUAAUGCCAUAGGAUUAGUGCCUUGUGUUCCUAUCCUAGCAACAAAAAGGGUCAUAGAAAAAGAACCAGAAUCGCACCAGAAAUCUGAGUCAGGCGAGGCACAACUUGGAGAUAUUUUCACAGUAUGGGGAUAUGAUGGAAGAAUACUCUAUGAGAACAUUAUUGAAGUCACUGAAGAUUUCAACUCCAAUUAUUGUAUUGGUUCAGGAGGAGAUGGAAAUGUUUAUAAAGCUGUGCUACCCAUUGGUCAGGUGGUUGCUGUGAACAAACUUCACCAAUCUGAAGAUAGCAUGAUUUCCAACUACUUGAAAGUCUUUGAAAGCGAGAUUCAUGCUUUAUCAGAAAUAAGGCAUCGUAACAUUGUGAAGUUGUAUGGCUUUUGUUCAUAUCCAAAGAAUUCAUUUUUGGUUUAUGAGUUUGUAGAAAGAGGAAGUUUGAAAAUGGUGUUAAGCAACAAGGACGAGGUAAUGGAAUUGGAUUGGAAGAAGAGGCUAAAUGUUGUAAAAGGAGUAGCCAAUGCCUUAUAUGCAUCACGAGCAUUCAUCAUCUAUAAUUCAUUGAGACAUUUCCAGCAAUAA